AUGGCGUGCUUCAAGAAACAGUGGUUCACUCCAUCAGAAUUUCCAAGAACUCUUCAACACCCUCUCUCACGUCCAAGAACUCACAUUUUGACUGUUCCUUUUUUCCUUCUCUCCCUCUUCCUCCUCUCAGCAUCAUACACCACGACUAGCAACUCUCCCAAAGCCAACGCUGCCACCUCUCGAUUAUUCCCAUUUUCUUUGAAUCAUGGGUUGGCACGUCCUCCAGUUACUUUCACCAACUCCCAUACGGUUUCAAAGUCACAGAGCAGAGGCACAUUCUCUUCAGUUACCGCAGCAGAAAGAACUCACCGCAAUUCCACAAACAGAGAGUCACAAGUUAUAAGGGACCUCACUUCCUGCGACAUCUUUGAUGGUACUUGGGUUCAUGAUGAUGCUGGACCCGUUUAUCAACUUGGCUCGUGUCCAUUUCUUGAUGACGCUUUCAACUGUUUCAAGAAUGGACGUGCUGAUUCGGAAUAUCUUAAAUAUCGGUGGAAGCCACACGGAUGUCAGAUUCCAAGGUUUGAUGGGUUGAAAAUGUUGCGCAUGCUAAGAGGUAAGAGGCUGGUGUUCGUAGGGGAUUCCUUGAACAGGAACAUGUGGCUGUCUCUGGUUUGUGCAUUGAGGGCAUCUCUGAAAGAUAAGAGCAAAAUCUAUGAAGUUUCAGGAAGGCGUGAAUUCAGGAUUCAAGGUUUUUUCUCUUUCAAAUUCAGAGAUUAUGGAUGUUCCAUUGACUUCGUCAAAUCCCCAUUUCUUGUCCAAGAAUGGAGAAUGUCACGUAAGGGUGGAACUCCUCAAAGGGAAACUCUCAGGCUUGACAUGAUCCAAGCAUCUAAGUAUCAGUACCAUAAUGCUGAUAUAAUCAUUUUCAACACAGGCCACUGGUGGAAUCACGACAAGACCAGAAAUGGCAGAAAUUAUUUUCAAGAAGGUAAUCAUGUUUAUGACAGAUUAGAAGUUUCUGAAGCAUUAAGAAAAGCGCUCAAGACAUGGGCUAAAUGGGUUGAUUCAAAAGUUGAUAGCACGCGUACAAGGGUUUUCUUUACUGGAUUCUCAGCUUCUCAUUACAGAGGGGGACAAUGGAACUCAGGAGGUAAAUGUGAUGGGGAGAGACAACCAAUUACAAAUGAGAGCUAUCUAGCAGCAUAUCCAUGGACAAUGAAGAUUGUUGAAAGUGUAAUAGCAGAAAUGAAGACACCAGUGUUUUACCUCAAUAUUACAAAAAUGACUGAUUACAGAAAAGAUGGGCAUCCUUCAAGAUACAGAGAAAGAGGUGUGAAUAAAGGCCUGAGGAUGGUACAGGACUGCAGCCACUGGUGCCUUCCUGGAAUUCCAGACUCCUGGAAUGAGCUCCUUCAUGCCACUCUUAUAGCACACAAUCAUUUUCUCACUACUACCAAUUAUUAG